GCGGAGGCAAGGGGAGGGGGCUCUGCGUGCUCUCUCCCUCUCAUUGUCUCCCUCCCUCUUUCCCUCCCUCCCUCCCUCCCUCUUUUCCUGGGCCAGUGCCUGGCUCCAGUUGCUGGCCAGUGCAUCAGGAGCGCGGCGCCAUGGUGGCCCGGAGCACGGACAACAUUGAUACGACAGGCGAGGGUCAAGUGCGCUCUUUGGGGAAUGCAACCAGUAACGUCAAGGGGAAACCAACGAAGAGGCUUUCCAUUACACGGGGCCACUUCCCCAAGCUGACCGAGUGUGCCCAUUUCCACUAUGAGGCUGUGGACUUUGGACAUAUCCAGUUGCAGCUUGCUCCUGAGCAGAAUGAGAACCUCAGCAAUUUAGAGGAGGGAGACCAGCUGUUUCCUGUUCAAGUCACUUGUCAGGACAAGAACUGGCAGGUGCAUCGUAGCUAUGAGGAAUUUAACAAUCUGGAUGCUCACCUGCAUUGCUGCAUCUUUGAUAGGCGCUUUUCUCAGCUUCCUGAAUUGCCAUCCAUCAGCCAUGUGCGGGCUCACCCUGAGAUGCUGGUGCCCAUGCUCUCACAAUAUCUGGAAAAGCUUUCGGACCUUGUGGACAGCAACAUCAACUGUGGUCCAGUGCUCACUUGGAUGGAGAUUGAUAACCAUGGCAAUCGACUGCUGGUGAAUGAAGAAGCUUCCAUCAAUGUUCCUGCCAUUGCAGCUGCUCAUGUGGUUAAACGCUACACAGCACAAGCAUCUGAUGAGCUGUCCUUCGAAGUUGGAGACAUCAUCUCUGUGAUUGAUAUGCCUCCCAAGGAGGACAGGAGUUGGUGGCGCGGGAAACAUGGAUUUCAGGUGGGUUUCUUUCCCAGUGAAUGUGUGGAGCUGUUCUCUGAGCGUCCCAGCCCAGGACUCAAAACAGAUGCAGAAGGGAUGAGUGGCGGUAUUCCCUGCCCACCUGGUCUCCUCUCCCCAUCUUCAGUGUCCAAGAAACAUGGCAAGCUCAUCGGCUUCCUCCGUACUUUUAUGAAGUCCCGGCCAAGCAAGCAGCGUCUGAAGCAGCGUGGAAUCCUCCGGGAGAGGGUCUUUGGCUGUGAUUUGGGUGAACAUCUGAAGAAUGCAGGGAAUGAUGUACCACAGGUACUACGCACAUGCUCUGAUUUCAUCGAGAAGCAUGGCAUUGUGGAUGGCAUCUACCGCUUGUCGGGGGUCUCCUCCAACAUCCAACGGCUACGGCACGAGUUUGACUGUGAGAGGGUGCCGGAGCUCUCCAAAGAUGUCUACUUGCAGGACAUCCACUCCGUCAGUUCGCUCUGCAAGCUGUACUUCCGAGAGUUGCCAAAUCCAUUGCUCACUUACCAGCUCUACAACAAGUUUGCUGAGGCUGUGUCCGUUUCAGGGAAUGAGGAGCGCUUGGUGGCAGUCCAUGAUGUCAUUCAGCAGCUGCCUCCGCCACAUUAUAGGACUCUGGAGUUCCUCCUGCGGCACCUGGCACGCAUGGCUAUGCACAGUCAAAACACCAGCAUGCAUAUUCGCAAUUUAGCCAUCGUUUGGGCACCCAACCUGCUGCGAUCAGUGACUCUGGAGUCUGUUGCUCAGUGUGGAGCUGAUGCCUUCCAGGAAGUCCGGGUUCAGUCUCUGGUGGUUGAGUUCCUCCUCAACAAUGUACAGACUCUCUUCAGUGACACUUUCACUUCGGUUGGCAAGGAUGGUGCAGGACGCUGCUUCCUUCCCCGACCCAAAUCCCAGCUGGUGAGCUGUCCCUCCACUCGGUUGCUGUCUCUGGAAGAAGCUCAGGCUCGUACCCAGGCCCUCUGUAAGAUCACCAAGUCGGAGGCCAGACAAAGAUCCGCUGAUCUGCAGGGACAAGGAAAAAUCUCCACUGUGUUGGGUUCACCUGACACCAGGCAAAAGGCCGAAAGUAAUGGGAGGGUACGGAAAACGUCAGGCCCUGGCUGGAAGGCUUUCUUUGCCAUUGGCAAAGCCCCAGUUACAUUCCGCAAGAAAUCGCAUCGACUUGGAGAGCUUUUUGGUCUUGGAGAGCCUCUGCCAGGAGGCCAAGCUGAAACAGUUACUCUACGAUCAGCCAAGAGUGAGGAAUCCCUGACAUCACAUGCCAGCAUGACAGGCCUUCCCAAGCUGCCUUCCCUUCGGCGCCCCCACUCCAGCAGUGAUGCGUUCCCCACCCUCAAGCCAUGCCGCUCGUGCUCUUCUUUGGGUUCCUCUGUGUCGGGCCAGGGUGAAGGCCUGGCUGUUGGGACUGUAGACCUGGCUGCACGGCGCCGUUCUUCUUGGUUGGAGGGCGACUCGGAGCUGGACUCGGAGUUGGAGCUCAGCCCUCCUGGCCUCCGUGGCUUGGACUUUGACCCUCUGACCUUCCAGUGCAGCCCUCCUGCUCAGCAGCCCUCCCUCUCCGAUGAAUCCAGCUCUCCAAGCCCUGCCGGGCCCCUCUCACCCUGUUCGCCCCCACCUAUCGGCACGUCGGAGUCAUCGCCCAUCUCCCUUCCCAACAAAGUGCUGGAAAUGUUCACUGGGGGUGAGACAAGAGGCCUGAAUGUGCAAGUCUCCCCACCACACAUGAUCUCCAUGCUGCUGUGUGCUGCCGGUGGGCAGCUGAAUGAUACUUGUGAACGCGAAGUCCGCUGCAAGAUUACACAAACCAAAGGUCGUUCCUCUCCACACAGUCCAAAGACGGAAGCGACUCUCCCAUCCCCGGGCACACUCUCAUUGCUGCAGCACAUUCCCCCACCUCCUCCGCCCAAAAACCCAGCUCGGCUGAUGGCCCUGGCCCUGGCGGAGAGCGCACACCAGGUGGCCCUGCAGCAGAAACAGCAGGCCAGUCUUGGGCCGAAGCAGCCCCGGAGGCAUUUCCGACGCUCCCUGUCAUUGGAGUGUAAGGCAGGAGAGCUGACGAGCGGCGCACGGGCACUUUACUCCAUGGUGCGCCCCAACGUCAAGGCUGCUGGCCCCUCUUCCCUGCAGGGACAGGUUCGGGGCAGGAGCAGAGGCAGUGAAUGCCAUGACCGCCGAGGAGGAAACCGGCUGCUGCUCAACCAGGCCUCUCCUGUGGGCAGUUCGGAUUCCUUUUCCCCUUCCCGAAAGGUCCUCACUGACAUGUCCCAUAAAGACCCGCCAUUGCAUUCCUUCUCUGAUCCUUACCACCUCUCCUCCCAGACCUCUGUCUCAUCAGCUGCCUACAGUCUUCAUCACCAGCCACCUCCAAUAUCAUUUUCCUACCGUGCCCCACGCCACCCUCAUGAGCCCUAUCCUUUGUCCAGCCAGUCUCCCGCCCCACCUAAACCUCCUCCCCCUCCACACUUUCCCGUAACCCCUCGCCAUUUGCCCGUCAAAGGCAGGCCCCCUGGCUUCCAGUCCUAUCUCCCAGAUCAUCGACAUCAUGGACGUUUCCCGGCCUCCUCUCGGGGUGGCGUGAACGGGACCCCACCUCCCCAGAUGGAGCAUGAAAAUCUCUACUAUGAGAUUGUUGGGGAGCCUCCUGCUUACCCUGGAAUGGCACGGCCCUGGCCAAGUUGCCCACCCCCUGAGUACUUUGCCACUUUCAAUGCAUCCUACGGUGUGUUUGAGAGACCGUGGCGCCAGCCCUACCUCCCUCCAGCCCCAUCUUCUCUCCAAACAAUCCUCAAUAAUCCUCGCUCGCAUCCCCAGCCAAUGCCUCCCACGGUGACCCGGCAGGAGCCCAUUUAUGUCAACAUACCGUUUCCCGAGCCCCCUUCCAUCACUCCCACUCCUUCCCCUCCACUGGAAAUGGCACAUCCCCGUAGCCAUUCUGAUCCCGGGGCUCCUCAGCCUCUCUUACACCACAGCAGGCCUCCAUUGCCUCAGAAGCAGAAGUUUGGCUGGGGCUGCCCACCGACGGGGCAAUACCGCCAGUUCAUGGAUGUUUUGCCAUGCAGCCGUACUUUGCUACAGUUCUACCGCCCUCCCUCAGCGUGUUUGGGCCGUCCUCCCUACGGGCCAGAGCCCAUCAUCACCUACGAUGGACCCCCUGCCCAUCUGGGGAACCAAGCCUCCGCUUCCCUGUCAUCUUUGCGGAAGUUGGAGGAGUCUCCUGCUCAGUAUGGCAAUGUGGAGAGGAGGGAAGGGUCUCCUUCUGGGUGCUACCUGGGACCCAGCUGGACUGUGUACACAGAAGGCCAGACACAUAGCUACUGCUGAGAGACAGUACCCUGUUUGGGAUUCUUGGGGCUGGGCUCCGGGUUUCUCCCCUCAUCUGAGGAAUUUAUUUUGUGGUACUCUUUGAUGUGAAAAGUGCAGGCAUUGGAUGGAAGACUAUCUAUUUUGACAGGUGGCAGUGACAUCACAUUCCAGAUCAUUUGUUGGUGGCUGUGCUGGCCUGUUCUGAAUUGCUGAAUACUUAAACCUAGUGGACAUUUCAAGAGCACACGAAUCUCCGAAGGCAGCUCCGGCACUUGCGUGGUGCCCCACAAAAGACACGAUGUUGCAGUGGAGCGUUUGGAUCAUAUCACUUCAGCCUCUUUGAUGCCAUAACGGCUCUGCUAAUUGUGUCAUCACAUGACUCGCCCUAUUUUUGUUCUGCUCCAUGUCACAUCUCUUUCCUUUGAUUCCCUUCCCCACUCAGCAGGGAAUUCCUAACAUCCUUGCCGGAGAACUUUGUUCCCACUGGAACAGUGACCUAGUUGAACCCCUGUCCCGUGAUUUCAUCCUCCUGGUCUACACCGCUCCUGCAGCAGCACCCACAUCUAAUGUGAAUAUUACUGGUAGCUAUGCCCCCGGUGGUGCAGUGGGUUAAACCAUUGAGCUGCUAAACUUGCUGACUGAAAGGUCGCAGGUUCGAAUCAAGGGAGCGACUUGAGCUUCCACUGUCAGCCCCAGCUUCUGCCAACCUAGCAGAUCAAAAAAUGGAAAUGUGAGUAGAUCAAU